CAUCCAUAUUUUGUUUACCGUCUUCGCCGCAUUUCGAAAAUGUUUUCAUGUUUUAUGAAUAUUACGGCUUUGUGUAAUUCAUUUAUGCAGCGAACAUGAUCCAUUUAUUUCUACUUAAUGUAACGAACGGUAUAUAUUUCUAAAAAAUUAGAUAUUUUUGCUCUUUUUGUUUUGUUAAUCGUUACAUUUCACAAAACACAAAAUCGCCAUCAGCUGAGAUCUUUCUGUCAUAUUUGUGUCCUGUGUUGUCGCAUGAACAGAUGGAGAGAUAAAGAGAAAUGUAGUUUUUAUUUUUAGAAAAUCCUCUACAUGAAGAGUUAUGAAGUCUGAAUAUUUGAAAUGGUGCCUGGUAUGUCUGACCGCUCUGGUUGUGCUCUCAUCAGGAAGGAAGAUGAAGAUUGUGGAGGAACCAAAUACAUUUGGGUUGAAUAAUCAGUUUGCUGCUCAAAGUAAUCGACUGCAGGGAAAAAUCACCCCAUCUCCAGUGUCUGGACCACCACAUCUGUACAGACUGGCAGGGAAAUGCUUCAACUACAUCGAGGCCACAUAUAAAUACGUGUUCUGUCCAUUUCAUAAUGUGACCCAGCACGAGCAGACUUUCAGAUGGAAUGCCUACAGUGGUAUAUUGGGUAUUUGGCAUGAAUGGGAGAUACAGAAUAACACAUUCACUGGCAUGUGGAUGAGAGAGGGAGAUUCAUGUGGGAACAAGAACAGACAGACCAAGGUGCUCCUGGUCUGUGGAAGCAGCAGUAAACUAUCGAGCGUUUCAGAACCACAGACGUGUGUUUACUCACUUACAUUUGAGACUCCACUAGUUUGCCACUCGCAAUCCCUCUUGGUGUAUCCAGUUUUGAGUGAAAAGCUGCAGAAGGAGUGGGAUGAGAUUGAGCAAACACGAUAUGAAGAGCUCAUCACUGAUCAGGGUUAUAAUAAGCUGCUGAAGGAGCUGUUUGAAGAGGCUGGUCUCAUGAGAAAAUCUCAACAGCAGAAAUCAGAGCAGAGCACAUCACUCACACAUCAGAGUCUGGAUCAGUGUAAACAGGACUUUGAUAAGCAGAAAGCUGAGAUCGAACGUCUACGGUCAAUCCUAACACAACAUAACAUCUCCUGUGACACCACAGCAGACAGGACACAGGUUCAGGAAAAUCCAAAUCCCUCACCCCUCCAAGAGCUGCCCCUCCGAGGUGACACUGGCUUCAUCACUGAUCUGAACUAAGAUGCCCUGCAGAAUUCCAGAAACCUUAUUCCCAGGGAUCACAAUAUGUGACAACAUCUACAACAGUCAAAACUAUUCUGAACAAUCAUGAAAAUAAAUGACUGUGAAUUAAGGCAUUUAAUGUUUUUUAAGCUGGCUUGAUUCAGUCUCAACUUUAUUGAGAAAAUAAAGAAGGUUUUAUGGCAUGACAAUUUGCUUGAAAUGUUGUGCCAUCGGUCUGUUCCUAAAUGUAAAUGGCUUCUGUACAAGUAAACCAAGAGUCUCAGGGAUCAGUGCUAUAUUAAGGUGCUUGGAAACACCUUGCUUGUACCCAGUGUUUUACAUAACCACAAUUAUUUUUCAUAUAAACAAUUAAGUCAAGUCAUUUUUAUUUUAUAGCAAUUUUCACAACACACAU